AAUUCUGAAUACCACUUGGCGAGUCAGGAGCAAGGAGUUAGCUAGGAGGGCUUAUGGGUGUCACAAUGCAGGUCCAAGGCACUGUGGUACUGAUCUUGGCCACGCUGAUGGUUGCCACUGUGGAUGCCAAGAUCUAUGAACGCUGCGAGCUGGCAAAAAAGCUGGAGAAGGCAGGCCUUAACAGUUACAAGGGCUACAGCAUUGGAGACUGGCUGUGCAUGGCUCACUAUGAGAGUGGCUUUGACACCUCCUUCGUGGACCACAAUCUUGAUGGCAGCAGUGACUAUGGCAUUUUCCAGCUGAACUCUGCCUGGUGGUGUGACAAUGGUGUUACACCCACCCAGAACCUCUGCCAAAUGCAUUGUCAAGACCUGCUCAAUCGCCAUAUUCUGGAUGACAUCAUGUGUGCCAAGCGAAUCAUAGCCUCACAGAGUGGUAUGUCUGCCUGGAAUUCGUGGAAGGAGCACUGCUCUGGCCAUGAUUUAUCUGAAUGGCUCAAAGGGUGUGAUAUGCGUGUGAAAACUGACCCAAAAAUUAAUUCAUGACUCCAAGGCCCAGUGAUAGAGAUUUUCCUUUCCUUUCUUUUCUUUCUUUUGUGGUUGUAAUAAAGGAUGGUAUCUAUAAACAAUGC